UGCGUUUUUCACCACUUGGCGCUGUUAACCUAGAAAUUGUGAUACAUUGAUGGUUAUACACUUCUCAUCAGAGGAGAAUUUGUUUUCAUAAAUUAGUCGUUUAUUUAUAAUUCUGCGUUAUGGAUUUGUCUAAACAGACAAACGAUAAGAAGCUACACCUCUGCCGGUGGUAUUUCAAAGUGGGAUUUGCCCUGCUGCCAUUUGUUUGGGCUGUAAAUGCUGUGUGGUUCUUCUGUGAAGCCUUCCAGAAGCCAGAAUACCCCGAACAGAAACAAAUAAGACAAUAUGUGAUAUACUCUGCAAGUGGUGCACUUGUAUGGCUGGUGGGUCUGGUCACCUGGGUGAUCAUCUUUCAGACACACAGAGUGGAAUGGGGAGAGUUUGCUGACAAUAUUUCGUUCAUCAUACCUUUAGGUGCAUAGUCAUCCUGUAUUAAUCAUCCUACAUCAAGUUAUUCCAUAUUUAUUUAGAGUAAGUUAUUAUUAUAUUAUUUUAUAUAUGAAGUGAUGGAAAUUGAGAGGGUUUACCCUUCGUUUUUGAUCUUUGUGCGCGUGCGUCAGCAUAAAUUGUCAGUCAUCUGUCAAUUAAUUUAAACAGAUUUCUUUUUUAUCUGUUAGGUGAAACACAAGCGUCAUUCUUUUAUAUUCAUCAGAUUAUCGCAUUUUAUAAUAAAAUAAACAAUCAAACAAUGUAUUGAUUCAAACAGAA